GAUGCGAGCGCGACAGAGACGCAGAAGGAAACGGAGGGGUUCUCUCGGGCUGCUGGUCGUUCGCUCCACUACACAGCUGCGCACGCGUCUAUACCUAUAUAUACGUAUGCAUGUGAGAGCUGGGUAGAUAUGCGCGGGCAGGAUGUAGGUAGGCACAUCGACGUCGUGCGGAAAAGAGUAGGGGGUUGAAAGUCGUGCGAGCGAACCGCAGCAGCAGCGCCGCUAGUUCGCAGCUCAGUGUCAAAUCAGUCGUGGGUCCGAGCGGGGCAUCGACAGAGAGAGAGAGAGAGACAGAGAGAGAGAAAUUAAUACAAGGGAAGCGCAGACACUGCUCGGCGCCGAGAAUCGCCAAGACGACAACAGCCGGGGGUGAAGUAUCAGCCGAGUCAAAGCUCAGCUCUCGCGGGUGCAGCGACUCAGCCAGUUGACGCCGGGCCGAGUAAAAUUCAUCAGUAACAGCAGCAGCAGUUAGCCGAGCGCUAGCCCAGCCGGCGUAGCGCGCGGGCCCGCUAGCUGAGCAGCCAUGGAAGUCAGAUUCGCACUCCUCGUGCUGGCGAUCGUCGGCAGCCUGAUGGCCGCCGGCUUGAGCUCGAGGCUUGGCCUCAUAGCCAGGAUCGUCCAGCUCGGACUGGCCGCUGCUGUGGUGCCGCUGCUCUGGACCUAUCAUCGCAAAAUCUACAUCAUCCUGAGGACACUGCCCAGGGACAUAAAAUUUCUCUACCGCUAUGUCAACGCCGACCGGGAAACGCGACAAUUUGUCAAAAACAAUUCCACGGUGAUGAAGCUCUUCGUGGAGAGGGCACGACUCUAUCCCAACAAGCCAUGUUUCAUCUUCGAGGGUCGUACUUGGACCAAUGCUGAUAUCGACAAGUACAGCAAUAGAAUAGCAGCGGUUUUCAAGAAUGCCGGCUACGUCAAGGGAGACGCCGUGGCGCUGAUCAUGCCCAACAAGCCCGAGUACAUAGCCACCUGGCUUGGUCUCGGUAAGCUCGGCGUCAUCACGGCUCUCAUCAACACGAACCUGCGCAUGCAGUCGCUGGUGCACUGCUUGGCUAUCGCCAAAGUUAAGGCUGUCAUCUAUGCUGAUGAGCUGGAGUCGGCUAUCGACGACGUCAUCGAGCAGUUACCGAACUUUGAGCGAUACAGGCAAGGGUCCGAUGCCCCUUGCAAAGACGGUGUUCUGAAUCUGGAAGAACUCAUGAGCAAAGCUAGCGACGAGCAGCCCGUGGUGGAUGAAGAACCUGGCUAUAAAGACAAUCUCGUAUACAUUUACACUAGUGGAACUACUGGACUGCCCAAGGCAGCUCUGUUCCCGAAUUCGAGGUAUUUGUUGGUGCAAACAGCGACGCAUCACAUGCUUGGACUAAGGCCGAAAAGUGACAUAGUAUACAAUCCUAUCCCACUUUAUCACAUGUCCGGAGGUAUAGUGGGAACUGGCUGUGCUUUGGUCAAGGGAAUACCCAGUGUGUUGAGAACGAAAUUCUCUGUGACGGCUUACUGGACCGACUGUAUCAAGUACAACUGCACGAUAUCGCAAUACAUCGGUGAAAUGUGCCGGUACCUUUUGUCUGCACCACCUCGUCCGGAAGACAGUACCCACCCUGUAAGAUUGAUGGUCGGCAAUGGAAUGAGACCACAAAUUUGGCAAAACUUUGUCAACAGAUUCAAAAUUGAGCAAGUCACCGAAGUAUACGGAUCUAGUGAAGGCAACGCAAACAUUGUAAACGUUGACAACACCGUUGGAGCUGUUGGUUUCGUGCCAUCGAUCUUACCCAAAUCGCUUCACCCAGUCGCCGUGAUUCGUGUACAUCCAGAGACGUCCGAACCUGUCAGAGGACCAGAUGGCUUCUGCAUACGAGCCGAAACGAACGAGCCGGGCAUGUUAAUAGGGUUGAUAAAGCAAGGAAAUGCGUCGAGAGAGUUCAAUGGCUAUUUAGAUAAAGAAGCGUCAAAGAAGAAGACGAUAGAAAAUGUAUUUGUCAAGGGAGAUAAAGCAUUCUUGACGGGGGAUAUCAUGGUGCAAGACGAAUACGGCUAUUUCUACUUCAAAGACAGGACAGGCGACACAUUCAGAUGGAAAGGUGAAAAUGUAGCAACGGCCGAAGUCGAGGGUGUGGUUAGUAACGUAGCAGGAUACAGGGACACCACAGUCUACGGUGUUCAGGUACCCGGAAUGGAGGGAAGGGCUGGCAUGGCGGCAAUCGUCGAUCCGGACAGUCUCUUAGAUUUCAAGGCCCUCGCCGAAGGCUUGGACAAAUCUUUGCCAUCUUACGCGCGACCAAUAUUCCUAAGAAUCGUGAAGGAGCUCGAGCUCACAAGCACUUUCAAGCUGAAGAAGAUCAACCUACAGAAGGAGGGCUUCGACCCCAACAAAAUCCAGGACAAAGUGUACUUCAGAUCCGGAAACAAGGAGUACGUCGAGGUCACGCCCGAGCUCUACGAGGAGAUCAUAUCCGGCUCGGCCAAGCUAUAAAAACGACGAAGAAAAAAAAGAACAACAACAACAACAAAAAACGAGUCCUCGCGAUAAAUUACAAUGCGGCGAAAUAACAAGACAAGCGUAUGACAAAAGUAGAAACACGAACACAUGUAUAACAGACACACCCGACGGGGAGGUAUUCGCGCUUGCCGUCGUUAUGUAUACCUAUAAUAUACUGCGUUGAACCAAGAGAAGUCGCGGUACACACUAUUAUUAUGCGGAAAAAGGACUUUCGAAGAAAUUCGUAUACGUUGCAUUUCACGUGUUAUAACGACGAUACAACAAGUACGUCGUCUUGAACUCGCCCAUCGGCUCGAGCUCUUUCGACGUACGUUUCGUGAUAUUUUACUUAAAAAAAUAACGGGGAGAAACAUGAAAACCAGGCGAAUGUUUGAGAGAAAAAUAAAAAAAAAAGAUAUACACACAGUAGCGUUUCGUUUGCGUAUGUAUACUACUCUCUACAGUAGUCCAUUCAACUCGACUAUAAAACGAAGAUGAUUUGCAUUUUUACGAUACUCGCCCAUAUCGCUAAACAAACAACUGUCAUUAAAAUAUCUAUGAAAAAAAUUUCAAAACUAAAAAUUACAAAAAAAAAGAAAUCGUUAGGAGGAAGGAUGAGAUUGUCCACGCGGCGAUUCUCGCGCACUAUAGGGGACACAUUUUUUUACAAAAGAGACAUCGGUACGCGCGUCACGCGCGCGUUAUUAAUUAUGCAAAGCGACAUCAGCUCGGCGUACACACACACACACACACAGACACACACACACAUAUAUAUAUAUAUAUAUAUAUAUAUAUAUAUAUAUGACACGAGCUAGCGCGCGAAGAUCAUGCACAAUGGCGACGAAUAUGCGAUGUAGAAGAUUAAAGUCACGACGUAUUGUAGAUCGAGACAAGUUUACUCAGUUUGUUCUGUUGAGACGAGCUUUUCUCAUUAUAAAUAUUAACUGUUGAUGACAACGACACAGGACGAUGCGUAUUUUUAUUGCAAAAUGUGUAGGUGCCGUGGUAAUAUUGCGACUAGUUUAAUUUUGUAAAAUUUUAACGAAUUUAUCGAAAACGACCUUUGCGUGUAAUAUUAUGUAGUUCAGCUUUUUUUUAUUUUACGUUCUGUUUUUGAAACCUUCGAUAUGGCAUAAUGUGUUAAAAUUAUUAAAAAAGUUUUUUUACGUAAAAUCGUAACUGUGGAUGUACGAAUUAAUUAAUUGUUUACGUCGUGUAUUGUGUUUUCAUUUUGGAGCGAUAGUCACUUGAAUUGUGCUUUUCGAACAAAGAAACUUUAAGGCUUAUAAAUCAUCAGUAGGAACUAUUUUCAUAGACAAAGAGACACACAUUUUUUACGAGGAAAAUUUGUUUUAGAGAUGCCAUUAUAAUUAGUAUAAUGACGAGAGAAUCGUGCACGGUAUUUUCCUUUUGGCGAUGACGACGUUAUGAAUUCCGCGUUUGAAUUUUCGUUCUGAAUCGAGAUCGUAUGGACACAGGACUGUUGAUAAGAGAAUCUUGCCAAGAAUUUGUUCGUAUACACGACCGAUCGAUCGAAAAGAGUCGCAAUUCUGCCGAGGGAAGAACACUUGUCAAUUUCACAUACAAAAUAUCGUCUCUAUGAUCGUCGCAUUCUUAUAUAUAUAUAUAUAUAUAUAUAUAUAUCUGGCACUAUAUUUCGAAGCUCGAUUCGUUGAGCCCUUAAAGAUGGUACGAUAUAAGCCUCGAACGUGAAUAUCGAGCGUUUGUCUCGGUCUGUCACGUUGUCACUAUAAAAACUUGUAUAACUAAACUCACAUAUUUACUUUUUAAAUAGGUGACAAAGUAUAAAUAAAUAUAUAUAAUUUAUAACGGGGAUGAGCUGAGCUUUUUCUUUCCGGCAGUACAUUCGUUAUACGUGCGCGUACGUCUGCAUUAUGCGUAUAUAUAUAAAUAAGCGUAUAGUACAUGUGACGGUGUGCAUAUUGGAAUUAGCAAUUUGUGUAAAAUAUUUAAAUGGGAACGAGACAUCGAGACGUGGGUUUAGAAUUUUUCUUAUUGUAGCGAAAGUUAUCACCGAUCUUUUGUAGAUGAUUUGAAAUCUCGCCCUUUAUAAGGUGUCAGUAGGGGAAUCAAUUAGCUAAAAUUAUACCUUUAACGAAACUAACAAAAAAGUCUCACGCAGCUGUUAUACAUUGUUUUUUGUUUUAUUUUCGUUCGCGUGAAUUUGCAAAAACUGCAUGGCGUAAUGAUAAUUUCAAAGUGAAUGUAGCACGAAAGCAGCGAUUGGAAAAUUCAUUAAUAUAAGGUGAAUCAAUAUUCAGCUGUCAUAAUAUAAACUUUUCAAACCAUCAUUUAUAAAUAAAUAAACUGUACGCAUGAUGAAGCGAAGUCUAUCGCUUUGAUUGUAGUGAUAUUAUUUGUAAUUGAAAAUCUUGAAAUAUGAUAAAAAAUGGCAAAUGAUUACUGAAAUAAAUCACUUAUGGGGGCUUUAGGAAAAUCACUGUGUGUAAGAUAAGACUGAAUGUUGUGAGUGAUUUGUUGACAUUUUUUGUUGUAUGUAAAUAAAGAACAAUUUAAAUCAUA